CUCAUUACAUAACCAAUUCGUGGUUUAAAAAAAAAAAAAAGGAGGGAUCCAUAAUUGCACGAGCGGUUCACAUUCCUUCAGACGGCACUGUAUACCACAGUGUGCCAAGUCCUCUUCGCACAUGAUCACGCAUGUACUAAUAAGUACAUCCAUGGAGGAACGGCUGUUGUGGAUGUUGUCACGCUGCCUGACCUCGCUCUGAUUGUUUGACCAGUCAGGUCGUCUUCAAGUUGAAGAACCUCUCAUCUGUACGCCUUGGGUACGGGUACAGCGUUAGACAUCACGGUCCGUUUCCAUUUCAACCGUUCCGUGGAGUCGCCGUCCCACGAAAGCCAUGGCGAUGAGACCGAAGCAGCUCGCCCGUAAUAUCGUAACUAACCUGUAACCGAAGACAAAUUUUACCAUGGUAAAUUGUUUAAAUCUGCAAUAGUACGUUGGCUGCGGGAGAGCGUGUGUUAUUUCUGCAGUCGGCGAAGCACGUUAUAGUUCGCGUCCGCAGCAUCGUUAUCUGCUGUGAUUUCGCUGGAUUGUUUUCAAAGCUGUGCCGCUCCUAAACCACUCAUCAAAUAGCGAAAAGGCAACAGCGGGUUCCUGUUGGGUUGCGCGCCCCUGUCCGUGUUUGUGCGCUCUGUCGAAAGCAUCCUCCAGGCGGGUGAGAAAUGUAGCUCUUUCGAGAGCAGCUUUUGCGUAAGAGGCAUUACAUCUGAGCACUCGCGCUGACCCUCAGGACACCGGAGAGGGGUGUCUGUUGCGGGGGGGGGUGUGCGCUUGCCAAACGAAGUUUGCCGAAAGCAGAGGGAUAUUUCUGGAUGGUCUGCCUGCCUGUUUGAGUUUGUUCAGCAUGAAAACAGGCACGGGGCGGGGGGUGUUCCGGGUCCCUGACAAACAUAAAGCGACAUCGCCAGCGUCCGUUUGGAGAAAGACGCGUUGCCCGAUGCUUUGGAAAGGCGCGACUCUGGGACUGACGUAGAAGGACGGUCCAUCUUAGGAAAACACACCGAACGCUACUAGUACUCACUUGCAGUAACCCAUCUUACUUGUGGCUUCCUCACAGCGUAGCAGUUUCUUAAACCGUAGCUAAUCAAACAAAAAAUAACGUGGGCCUUUAUUUUUUUACAGCGUGAAUAUCGUGGUAGUGUCUGCCAAGCAAUUAACAAAUAUGUACUAUUGAUUAGGACUAAUGAAUUUCCUCUAGGAUUUAUAAAUGGACCGCAGAGUGCUUAAAUUGGCACGGAAGCUGUAAUAGACUAUCGAUCAUCUGAAAAGGAUGAGCCGAGUUCCGCUAAUGCCGAGACGUUGCUUUGAAUCGGCUUUACCCAAACGCCCGGAUGGUGCCGGCUUCAGCAGACAUGUGUUUGCACAUCUCAAAAUCAAAAUCCUGAAAACAGAUUAAUCGUUCGGUGUGUGGGUAACCGCCGGGCUGCUGAACCGCUCGACGUGCGGUUGCUCGAGCGGCCAGAUGCAGCGCUUGUUUGGCAAGAUGAGGAGGAUCAUUUACGAGCGAGCGCUUCUUGACACGUUUUAGCGGUGCUUUGCGAAAGAUGGGCUUUAGCUCAGACGUUCAUCUCGGCGGACCCAGUCCCGCAGCUGGACGGCGCCGCUCCGUUCACGGCUCGUCUCUCUACCCUCCUCGUGUCGGUUCGCGGAUCCACGCGGUUUUAUGCGACGACGGCGGAGUUAAGGCGAUGAGGAACCAUAUGCUGUGGCACUGAGAUUGGCAUAGCCUGGAGCUCCGGCGCUGAGCUAGUUUGGGCUCGAAACGGUGCUGCUCAUUCAUUGGCCAGUCAUGACCUCAACCAAAUCACUACGCUUCUGUCCUCACCCCUUGCUGUUAAAGACACAUAACGUCCUGUUCCUCCACCACACUGUUAUCCGAACGCCAUACGGUAUGGCGGUGCAGACAGGGAAGAGCUCAAUCCAGAUUACCUUCAAUGACAGUCUACCCUUCACAAACUCAGCCUCUAUCACUCAGGUGACCUGCGCUGAGCAGUCGGCGCACAGCAUGGUUUUGCAGUGCCAUUGUUCUUUUGACACAGUAACAUUUCCAGUUACCGUCACCCAGCAGUCACCUGCAACCGUUUCCAUGGAUACAUACCAAAUCACUAUAGCACCGAUGCAGGCCCAGCUCAAGGUGUGUCUGGAGGAGGUGGAGGAAGAGGGUCUGCUGGUGUCCUGGAACUUCUCCCAACAGCCUCUUUUCUCACUGACUGUGUCCCCCCGCAAGGUGCAGAGAGAGGGGAAUGACGAAAAGGCCGAUUUGAGUGUCAUCAGGGACCUGGUGGAGGACACGCUGUUCAGUACCCAACCCGCCAUGAUCGUCAACCUGAAAGCCUGCAUGUCCAGCCCUGCUUCUUCUGGAGAGAAGCUGAUCCUGGGUUUGAACUCCGCAUUGCGAGGUAGCCCAGUUCGAAGGCUCCUGGUGCGCCAGCUCAGGGCCACCAGCAUUCAAGGAGGGAGCCAGGGUGGCUGGGCAGAGCUGUGCUGUGCCCUGAACCUGAAUCCACCGGCCCAGGAAAAGAGGACACACUUCUUGCCUCAUCCCUCCAGCCCUGGGAAAGGGUUGGAUUGGAAUGAGGAAAUCGCGCUAGACGUGGGCCUUGACACAAAGGAGCUUAGAGUGAGGCUUGUGGAACGCAGCAGCAAAGGAGAACAGCCCCUGCCUGGCCAUGCAUCCUUAUUACUGGAUCCUCUGCAGAAGAGUCCUACCGGUCGACAAGUGCUGAGCAUCAGUCCAGGGCACGGGCUGUCACCUACUGGCACCGUCACCUUUGAGCUUCUUUUCUUGGAGCCAGGUGACCCUCGUGCCUGUCCAGCCCCUACACCCCUACGGUCCUCCCUGACCCCCACCAAGAAAGUGGAGAUGGACCGCACUGUCAUGCCAGAUGGGACCAUUGUCACCACAGUGACUACGAUUCAAUCGCGACCCAAACUAGACCGCAAACUAGGAGAGUCCCCUUCGCGCUCUCCUUCUAAGGUAGAAGUAACAGAGAAGAAGCCAACUAUCUUCCCAGACAGUUCUCAGGACAGCAUCAGUCCCACACCCAGCUCAAGCAGCCAGCUCUCCAAUGGGUUGGACCCUGUAGCUGAAACUGCCAUCAGGCAACUGACAGAAUCAGCCAGCAAGCCCGUGAGGAAGACGCCCACCAAGAGGAGCACGCUCAUCAUUUCCGGUGUUUCAAAGGUUCCCAUUGCAGAGGAUGAAUCUGCUCUGUCUAUGGGCUAUGCUGCAGCUAUGGAUGCUGCCCUACAAGGGGAACACUCUCCAGGGUCUGGUAACCACCAUGGAGCUGGUGCCCAUGGACACAUGCAGCAGGAGACAGAUGAGACAACACCCUCUGAUAUCUCCGAACGGCCUUCUGUGGAUGAUGUCGAGUCUGAGACUGGGUCAACAGGGGCCCUGGAGACCCGCAGCCUCAAGGAUCAUAAGGUGGGCUUCCUCCGCAGUGGAACCAAGCUUCUGUUUCGUAAGCGGCACCGGCAGAAGGACCCCAGCCACAGUCAGUCCCAUGAAGAUGUCUCCAACUUGGGCAACGGCUCUGUGGUGCGCAAGAAGUCUGGCAGCUUCUCUCGCCGCCUUAUAAAGCGCUUCUCCUUCCGCUCCAAGUCGAAGGGCAAAGCAAGCGCUAACGGAGAGGCUGGCACCUCUGAGAACUAAAGCAGUAGCACCACUGCACGGCCAGGGCAGGAGAUGGUGUUGGGGUCUGCUGUCCCUGUUAGACAUUAUGCUCUGCACCUGGAGUUCCAAAGAAGCGAAGGGUAGGAUAGGGUGGAGGGAGGCAAGCUGCGCCGGGCAAUGCUUUUUGACACUCUGGCUCCCUUGCUCACACGUGCCACAUGCCUUCACCCUCUUGCUACGCGUGGCAGCCCCUACACUGAAUUUCUUGCAUGGGACUCUUACUGUAGGACAGAAUGCUGAUUUUUUUUUUUUACUUUCAGCAACCAUGGAUGUUAUCUCUGUUGUGAUUUCAGAGUUUUCGCUUCUCCUGGAAGAUCACGUUCAACACCAUCACAAACACAAGGGACUGUUUGAAAAGACUUGUUCAGUUGCACUACAAUUGGUGGGUAGGACAGGCAGGAACUGGGUACAGCAAAGGGAUAAAGCACUUUUAACUUGCACGAGUCCUCCUUUCCUGCCAUAAAUUUUGAACAGCAGAUGCCCUUCCACCACUGUAGACAAAGGAUUUUCUGCUUUUCUUCAGAUGGAUAGAAAAGAACUCCUUUGAUUUUAUGGCACUUUGUGUUGUUAUUUCCUCCACCGUCAUCUGUAAGCAGUCUUACUUUAUUUAAGGCCUCUGGAGUUUCUGGCUGUUUUUGUACAUAGGGCUUUGCCCGCGUCUCAGUGAACAUUUGCGGUAGAGUAGAAUAGGUCAAAAGAACUUUUUUCCUGUUUUUUUUUUUUUUUUUUUAUUUUCUUUUGCAAGGACAAUAUGAUUGUUUGAACGUAUAAUUUAUUAGGAAGGCCCUGCCACACUUGUGACAUGAAGGGCAAUGGAGUUGGCAAAGGGUAACUGGAAAUAAAACAGGAAAGGAAUGCAACAAACUGUUUGAGCCAUUGAGCACAAGGGGACAGUGGUGUGACAAGUUAGCCUACUUUUUUUAAAUGUAUUUUUUCUAAAAGGCUGCACUUUCCAUCUGUAUCAGGAUGUUUACAAUAGUGGAAGGCUAAUUUUGUUACUGUUACUAUUUAUUGUCAUUCUUGAGUGGCACACUAAAAUAAUAUGCUACAUUCCCCGGACAACAAAGUGCAUUUAAUGAAAUGUGGAACAAAAUGGGACAUACCUUUCUAUACUUCUAUCUCCUGUACUUGUUAAAUUCUGUGCAGCACUAAAGAUGGACAAAAAAAAAGAGGUUUUUUCAAUCUGGGAUGAUGGUGUUGCUUUAGGCGUUUCUUGCAAAUUUAUUAAUUUGUCAAAAUACACAGUUUUGUUUAAGAAUGCUGUUCAUGUUUGCAUAUCACAUAGUUUAUGCACAUAUGCAGACUUUAGCAAAAUCAGAGGAAGAAACAGUACUUCAGUGAUGUUUGGCAUGAUCCAAAUGAAAGUUCUGCAUGUACAGUUUAGUUUGCUGCAGAGGGGAGUGUAAAUGUGGUUUGAAUCAACUGCAGAUAGAGGAUGUGUUCAGGACUGAAGAAUAACAUACAGAGAAUAAAAUGCAUUAGCACAACCAUUAGCUGUGGCUUCUUGCUUCUGAAAUAUUUAAAUGCGAGACAAUCCCUCUGACCUCACAAUCAUUGUUUUCAAUGCCUUCGUAAGACUGUAUAAUCUAAUUAAAAUACUAAACUGCACUCAUUUCGCAAUCAAAAUGGAAGUUCCAAAAAAGACCAGAAUGUGAACUGGAAUUUGCUCUAAUUCUGAUCUGCUGAACUCAUUUUUGCAUGUACACUUGGGAAGCUUUGUAUUGAGAAACGGGGAUUUAAGGAAACCUUGAAAGGAACUGCAAGAAUGUUUUACAUACCGGUUCAGAAAAGCCUUUGUUCUCUCAAUCUGUGCAGUUUUGCUUCUUUUUUUGUUGUUUGGCCAUUAAUGAGGUUCGUGAGUAAUGUAUAGACAAUUGUGAUUAUAAAAUGGUUUUCGUAAGAUUUUAUAAAACUAAGAAGGGAGGCAAUAAUGUGUCAUCGCUCAGUUUCAGUUGUGCAAGCUUGGUAGAGGAGUCCAGUGUGCAGCUUCAUCUGGCCAACUCCACUGUAGAUAGAACUAUUUUGGCAGCAGGGAAGAAUCGCUUCUGACUUUCUGCUGUAGCUGAAGUUCUUGCAGAAGUGCUGCAGAAGCCCCUUCCUGCAUUCAAAAUAUGGCAGAGUCCUCUGUGCUCCCUGUAAGGUUUGCUUCUUGCUCUGGUGCCCAGUAUAUUUCCACACAUUCCGGAUCAUUCUUGUUGUUGUUAUUUGCAUUUUCUGGUGAAGGGGCUCUCUUAGACUUGCAUGGUGGAACCUUGCUUGAACAUCCCUGGGAAAUGUGCUUUCCUCCACUGGCUGUGGACCCCCUCUCCUUCCCUCCUCACUAGUGUAGUACAGUCUGGAUGUUCUAGGAGA